CAAGUAUUUGUAUUUUUCCCUGAGAGUGAAAGUGGAAACCCCACAAGUGAAACAUUUGUCAUAGCAUUUGAAUUGAGAGUCUCUCGACAACCUCCCAAGUUCACAAGUUUUUUUCUCGAGAAAGUUCGUCCAAACCCCAUUGAUAAGAACAAAAAUUGCACACCGGAUUUGCCGCGCUAGAAAAUAGAUGAAGAUAAUUCUCUUAAUAUUUGCCGUGCUAGAAAAAGCAACCUAGAUUUCAUUUCAAGUACUUCGGAGUGAGUUCUAUGAAGAUGAAGUUGGCAUUGCUCUCUGUUUGUGGUGGGUGAAUGGCUGAAUGCAAACCUUGCUCUCUUACUUGAGAAAGAAUCCCACGGCUAUGCUCAGUAAAAUUCUGAGAUGGCUGAAGAAACUAAAGGUAUGGAGAAUUGUAUCUCUUGCUUCAUCUAUUGUUGGACUGCUCUGUUAUGCUCUCAGUUCCUCUUUCAAAUAUUUGCUGGGAAACUGGAGCUGGUGGAAGAUGCUUCUUUAUAUUGUUUUCAGUUUCAUCAUUUGUUUAGCCGUCUUGUUCACACCCGCAAGGUCAAGUUCCAUCUCUUUCCGGCUGGAAUCUCAUUUGGCAUUUCUGGUUCUUAUAAUAACGUCUGUUUGUUCCUUUUUGUUUGAUAACAUGGUGAAGGGUAAACCAGAUGCAUACAGCCUCAUCUCUUGGGCUGCUUUUGCAACCAUGUCCCUUGGCUUGUCAAAUCUCACUCAAUUUGGAUUCCAGAUCGAUCUGCUAUAUUUCUUCUGUGGAGGUCUAACCGUACAACUCAUGAAGAUGAAAUUGUGGUUAGUCACUGUUGGAGGGUGUUUCAGUUAUUCCCUCCUCCAGCUUCGUCACUAUCCGAGCCACACAGACCGGGAGAAUCUUCGGUUCCAGGACCAAAAUCAAGUAAUCAUUCAAGUUAAUGAUUCAGGGAUUGUUAGUAGUAGCAGUCAUGAAGAAGCUAAUGCUGUUGAUAGUACUUUGGGCACCUCACUAGAAGAUGAGGAUCUUAGAUUCCAAGACCAUCUACUCACUCAAAGCAAUUCUCCUUCACAAGAUGGAAGCGUUGAUGAUGGUCUUAUCAUCGAACAACAACUCAUAAAUUGUAUAAAGGAGCUUGAGAAGGAGAAUGAGAUGCUUGUGCCCAUGGUUAGUAGUCACGUGGACAAAUACCUUAAAGCCGUGUUUGACUCCAAAGAAGUAGCGGAUGAUCCGGACAUCAACUUGGUGAUGAAUUCACUUCCAUCAGAAAUUAUGAGGCGCCUUAAGGAAACCGUGAAGCUGAUGAUGAAUGUCAGUUUCAUGGAGGAAUGCAACGACAUUUACAGCAAAUGGCGUAGGGAGUUUCUAGAUGAGUGUCUGCGGGCACUUGGAUUGCAAUUUCAAACGCCCAACAAUGAGGGCGUUGAGAAUUGGUUAAAAACGUGCAAGGCAGCUGCGAAGAUUUUGUUUCCCAAUGAAAGGAGUAUCUGCGAUUACUUCUUUUCAGAGUUCUCUGUCAUUGCGGAUGUGUCCUUCCAAAAGGUUUGUAAGGAACUGACGACUGGUCUACUGAGUUUUGCCGAUACCACCAUAACAACUGAGAGCCAUUUGCCGAAUCUUUUGUCCAACAUCGUCCCUAAAAUGUUGGAGUCAUUGGACGAGCUGAUAGGGGAAAUCUCAACGAUGAUGUUGUUUCCCAAAUUCUUGUGCGUACCUGAUCUUGAAGACUUUCGGAAAAAGUUGUAUAUUUUAUGCAGUUUGAGGAAUAUUAUUUACACUAAUGAUGUGGAGGCACCUGUUACCGACGGAGGGCUUCAUCUGAUUACUAAGAGAGCAAUGAACUACAUCCUUGAUAAUUCUGACAACAUCGGAAAUUCUUCAUUUUGGGUGGUGAUAGGAAGGAUGAUUGAGUUGUUGGGUAGCGAGUUGGAAGUGAAGUCUAAAGACUACUACACUGACCCCGCAUUAGGCUAUAUUUUUAUGAUCAAUAACCUCAGCUACAUAGAACAAAAGACGCGUGAUUUAAAAUUGGACGAUGAUUGGUUUCGACAAAACACAGCAAAAGUGGAACAAAAGUGCAACCUGUAUCUAAGAAGUUCGUGGAGUAAGAUGGUGGAAUUUUUGAAGGUUGAGACAAAUGAGUCGGCGGAAGCUGAUGUAGCAGGGGAGUUAAUGAAAGAAAAGCUUCAUUUGUUCAAUCUGCACUUUGAGGAGACAUGCACAAUGCAAUCUACGUGGACUGUCUGUGAUAAACAACUGAGGGAACGAAUAGUAAAAUUCAUAGAAGAGUUCUUGUUGCCUGAAUAUGGAAAAUUUUCUGACAGGUUUCAUGUUGUUUUUGGUAAUCAAGCUUACGAGUAUAUUAAGUUUGGAUUUCUGGACAUUCAAAAUUGUCUCAGCCAUUUGUUUCUUCUAGACGAGGAGAUGAAUGUGGAAUACAAGAAGAAUGUAUGAAGUUUGAAAUAAUUUAGAAUAAAAAAUUUCAUUGUCACAAGUACACUGUUAUAAAAUGCGUUUUUAGUUA